AUGUUUCUCGAAGUCGAACCGGAGCCAGAAGAUCAACCGCUAGCAAUUACGGCCGCCAAAGAUCGUCAAAAUGAGCAAGAAUUGAGCAAAUUACAACGUGCCUUUCGUCACCAAGCUCGCGGACUUCCAACGAACAACUUCAAGGAAAGUGCCAUACUCACGCGAGACAUUCGCACAUUCACUGCCGAAACUGCGGCACUCGAUACGGUGCUCGAUCACGUGCUUUGUCGGCAACAUGUGGCGACUUACGAAGGUCAUGUCAAGUACUUGCAAGAUCACAUCGAGUGUCAACGCGAUCUGGACGAACAAAUAAAACUCAACAAAAUUUUCGUGGAACAACUGAACAGCCAAUUACGACGCUUGGAUGCACUGGAGUUGGAAUUAAGACGUAACUCGAUGACGGACUUCGAAAGAUCGCAAAAAAUUCAGAAAGCAAAAAAGGAUUACGACACGUUCGAUCAACGGUUAUUUGUGUCGCGACAACGUGAGGGGAUUUUGGCAAAGGAAAAUCGAGAGUUGCAGGAUUAUAUAAGACACAUGUUGGUGGAACGGGAGAAUUUUCAUCAGAAUUGGGAUCGGCUGGUGCAGGAGCUUGGACAGAAUAAGCGAUAUUUGAUUGAUUUGAUUGAACGAAGUGUUUUGGCGUUUACACGAGAUGAAGAUUGGUUUGCGAAAAUUGAUGGAUUGGAGCAGCGGGCAUUGAUUUCGCAGAAUGUUCAUGUCUCGGAGAUUUUGCAGCUAUUUCGGAAGUUGGACGCAGAUCAAAUUUAUCAAGAUUAUCUGGGAGUGAAAGGGUUUAGGCGAGAAAUGAUGCCUUUGGAUGAACGUGAAGUUCGACGGCGAGAAUACGUUGAAACGUGCCUCAAAGAAAAAUUACAUCAAUUUUGGAAGAUUAUCAAUAAAAUUAAGGAACGUUACGGAGUGAAAAAUAAAAGUACUGAAAACACCGACGACUCACCAAAAAGCACUGAAGAAAAGUUGUUAUUAUUGUGGAAAAUAAUCGAUCAACAGAAAAUCAGCAAAGAUGGCUAUUUUGCUCAUUUUAAAUAUUUAAAUGAAGUUUACAACUCUAUUGAACUCUUGAACGGUCGGAUUGUUGAUAAGCAAAAACGCAUUUCCGCAGUUCGUGACAUUCAAAAUAACAACAAAAAUGCAUUUACUGAAAAUUACUUAAGCAUUUUCAACGAACUGCAGAAACAGAAGGAACGCACGACAGAACAACAAAACGCUUGGAAAACGUCAGAAACACAAUUGCUAAAUUAUCUCUCCAUCAUCCAUGACAUGUUCAAAUUGCUCAAUUGUGACACCAGCUUUAUCGAAUCCCUGCUCGGCGAUAAGAAAAGUGUCACAAAUUUCAAUAUCAAACUUUUUCUUUCGACUCUCGAAGCGACAAUGAACAAAAUUCUGGCGUACAUUUAUUAUUGCGAGACAAAAUCUAAAGUGCCGGCAAGUCGGCGCACCGUAAGGACACAACAACGUGCCGCAUCCCGGAAAAUCAUUGCAAUUCACGAAACUGUCAACACCACUCAGUGUUCGGAAUGCGCUGAACGCGAAGACGUGAAUCGCUACGACGAGACAAUUGUCCUUCCGAGUGCUGCGGCGACUGUCAAGGAACGCGUCAAGCAACGCGUGAAGGCGAAUGAGCUCGAGUACCGGUUACAUAACUUGAGCAAAUGCCGUCUUCCAAAGUCACGCAUUUUGGUGAAUAAGCGAUUUAUGUAA